UAUGCAGAUCAGCAUCCGGCUAUUUCUUUUCUUCUUGAAAUAUUUGGCGGUUUGAAGAAGACAUUCAUCGAAGUUGGCAUGCGUAAUGUCGAGUACCUACAUUUGUAUGGUGUACAUGCUUUAUUUUUUUUUUACGGCAAUUGUAUUUGUUGGAAUUCGACGACGGUAACGUUAGUUACUAUCGCUAGCUAUGUUCGCUUUCUGCCCAACUAACGUUAACUAGCUAGACAAUUUAGUUAGCUACCGGUAAUUUAGUUGCAUCGUAUGUUUCAGUCUUCUGCUAGCUAGCAGAUCACUUUUAGAUCUCAAAACUGUCAGCUUGCUGGAAGAAUGUCGACUCUUCAGAGAACGAAUGGUAAAUAUCUGUGGUGGUCUCUUGUGGGUCUUGGAUUUCAACCCGAAGUCGCACUAUCAUCAGGAGCCAGCAAAGCCAAUGUUAAACACAUCAUUCUUGGACCCAAUAUGUUUGACAAACCAAACAAGGACGCAUUCUACAUAGUUACCAAUUUCCUGUUAGAAAAACUCAACCCCGCACGCUUCCACGAUGCAUACAGGCAUUGCUGGCCAGUGUUGGACCACAAAGCAGAUGCCGAAUUCCGUAAGGUGACCUGUGCUUGGCUGCGAGAUCUAAUGGAUGAGCAGGGGAGCACAGUUCCCAAAGUGGUGGCGUCACUAUUCCUCUCGCCUGGUGGACCCAAGUUCGUCAACCUUAUGCUCCAUCUAGCCAAUCAUGUCAUGUUGCAUGAGAUGAAGACAUUUUCAACAGAUGGCACAUGGGUCCCAGAGGCAGCGGCAGCCCCUGCCUCUUCUGUGGAAAUGGCGCUGAAGCGGUUUCAGCUGGUCAAGACCAGAUUCCUGAGAGGAGCUGUGGAACAGGACCUGAUGCUGCAGGAGUACCAGAGACAGGCCCAGUCUCGAGUGAAGUCUUUGAGAGAUUGGAGGGCUGAAGAUGCAAAGUAUGAUGAUUUGCAUAAGCGUCACAAGAAAGUUGAACAGGAGGGAACCCCUCAAGCUGACAAGAUUCAGAAGGUGCGCUCCUUGUGGUCGUCCAUGGACGGAGUGCUGUCCACCCUGGAGGAGGAGCGGCGGGUGGUGGAGAGUGUCAUCAGGGGAGAUGUGGACCAGUACACCCUGGACGGGACGGACCUUGCCCUCAAAAUCCCCCGGCUUCUGCUAGAGCGGAUAGAGCAGUUAUGCCACCUGUCGAGUGUGGGCAGUGUUUACGAGGCAGGCCAGCUGAACAUCCUCCGUAUGCUGGAGCUGCUCCACCAGGCUCUGGUCCUCCUAGAGGAGGAAAGGACCCGGGUGGCAGGACACACCCCCAUUGCCCAGCUCCACCCCUUGCACCUGCAGGAGAGGAACCUACAGAUGGCCCGCGCCAUGGAGGAUCUCCGAGUCAUGAGGAAGAGGAUUUCAAAGGAAGAAAUUCCCGAGGUGAAGAGCCUCAUCAGAAAGUUGGAGGCGGAGUGGGACCGGAAGUGGGCGGACUGUUUGAAACGCACGCCGCUGACCUCGUUCCUCAACGAGGAUCCUGCCCUGGACUUUCUGUUCCCCAUGGCUCCUCUGUCCUUUGAGCCAGCCACCGACGCCAGCUUCAAAUCCAGCAUCUUCUCUCAGUAUCCGGCCAAUCUACCCGAAUUUCCUGAGGAGAAGCCUGUGGCGACUGACUCUGUUCCAAUGGAGACCGUUACCACAAUGGAUUAUACCCUCAAAAGCUUCUACCCUCCAGCUGUUGAGAUGAUUGCAUCUCUUCCUCGUGUGGCCAUUUUCCCACUGACUCCCCUCCCUGCACUUUGUGAAUCUCCUCUGGAUGUCCCUGCCGAAGCUCCCUCACCAAGCCACCUGCCGGCCAGUGUAAGGAAGACUCCUUGUGUGUCUGCAGUGAAGAAAAAGGCUCAGAUCCUUGACUCUGAGUUGGACAACUUAGCAAAUCGGUUUGCGGAGGCUGUGACCCCCAGCCCUGGCAACAUAAGUUUACGAGGACUUGAGCUGGGAGACAUACUCGAUACUCUUGGCGAAGACCCUUUCUCCACCAGGAAGCAGAUUCCACGCACCCCAGAGAGUUUGAUUUUGGAUGUGAAGAGUUCCUGGCGAAGGGCGGUGGAGGAAGGGGAGGCUCAGAAGGCCUGCCUGUCUGCUACAUUUGACUGCGACGACAUCCGUGGGUGCCUCAUGCCCCUCAGCGAGGUACAUGAGGCCUCCCUUGGCCACGACUUUUCCUCCCUGAGCACAAGCCUGGAUCCCACCAAUGGGUGCAGUACUGCAGCCCCCCAGCAGGCUUCCCUCAUGUCCACCCUGUCCUGGGACUCCUCCAACAUGGAGGCCCUCAAUAGCCUGAGCAACAACAACGUGGUCCAGUUCAGCAUCAACCAAGAGGUGUUCCCCGAGCAGUACAGUAUAGAUCAGGAGACACUUCCCGAGCUGCCGGGCAACGACAGCAGCCUCCUGACCUCCAUUAACUCCAGGGACAUAUCCAACACCGAGGAGGAAGAGCUGCUCCUCCCCCACAUCCCCUAUCUCCCCACAGAGACUGAGCCAGCCCUGCUGGAUGCACGCAGGCGUUUGGACAAGAUCCAGCAGGCUUUUGGAGAGGCCUCUUUCAUGGACCACCGCCAGGGGGCGCCAGAGCCCUCUCUCUCACAGCAUGACAAGAGGAGCCUGGACGCCAGAGACUGGCUGAUGGCAGCAACACUGGAGACCUCAGCCACAGUGGAAGUGACGGACAAGGUCUUUUCCCUGGAUCUGGACACUCUAGAGAGCCCCUCACCGCCAAGAACAGGGCAGUAUAACCUCCCGCAACUGUUCACAUUCUCCCCCAUAGACGACCUGUAGUGUCUCCACAUUAUAUAUUUUCUGAGCAGUCUUCUAGUUUCUUACUUUUUCACAAUUAAGGCUAACUAAUUUCAAUGCACAUGCAAUUAAAAUAUUUGUACAUAUGUGUGCCAAUCUAACAUGGUCUGAAACUAACAUGGAAACAAGUUUUAAAUAUUUUUUUAUGUCUAAGAUGACAUAUGAUGGGUGAGAAUAAACAAACAUGAAUUGUAUAUUGUUAAAUGAAUUAAAUUGUUACCAAUCUUUUUUGGGAUUCAGUUCCUGGGCUUGUAAAGGCCUUGUUUACACUUGCAUGGAGUUAUUGGGGGUUCAAUCAUCUAAACUACCCUGAAGCAAUAAUUUAAAAUAUUUUACUGAGUUACAGUUCUUAAUGCAUUUUUUUUUUUUUCAAUUGACUGAUUUCCUUAAGCCCUAAUCUAUGGAUUUCACAUAACUGGGAUACAGACAUGCAUCAGUUGGUCAGAUAACAUAGUAAUAGGGAUGUGCAUCAGAACCAAUUAGUGUCUGGUGUGACCACCAUUUUCCUCAUGCAGCACGACACAUCUCCUUCACAGAGUUGAUAAGGCUGUUGAAUGUGGCCUGUGGAAUGUUGUCCCACUCGUCUUCAAUGGCUGUGUGAAGUUGCUGGAUAUUGGAGUGAACUGGAACAUGCUGUCAUAUGUCUGAGUAUGCAGGCGAUGGAAGAACUGGGACAAUUUCAGCUUAGAGGAAUUGUGUACAGAUCCUUGCGACAUGGAGCUGUGCAUUAUCAUGCUGAAACAUGAGGUGAUGGCGGCGGAUGAAUGGCACGACAAUGGGCUUCAGGAUCUUGUCAAGAUAUUUCUGGAUUCAAAUUCCCAUCGAUAAAAUGCAAUUGUGUUGUCUGUAGUUUACACCUGCCCAUCUUGGGGCACUGUUCACAAAGUUGACAUCAGCAAACUGCUCCCCCACGUCAUACACGCUGUCUGCCUGGUACCAGGAAACCAGGAUUAGUCAUUGAAGAGCACACAACUUCAGUAUGCCAGUGAGCAUAGUGUUGUUAAAGUACAACGUAAGUUGUUUUUUGGGUGAUAUCUACUUCAGAAUUUUAUUUUGGACUACUUU